UCUAUCAGCAAACAUCUUCUCACUUUUCCUCCUAGACGCAUACGAUUAUCGUUCACCAUGUCUCUUGAAGCAAUUCAGACCUGCAUAUCAUGGAUUUGUAAGGCGUACGGGGCCGCUACAACCAUCAACGACAUCCUCAACCCGGUAGUUCCAUUGACGCUAGCAGACAUCAAUAACCAACUGCAAUCAACGCACGCGCAUUAUUUCCAGGGCGACCACAUUUCGACGUUGACCUACUGUCAGCGGACGUUCUGUAAUGUUAUUCGACCCUCCAUUAGACGGGCAGGGACGAUAACCCAGGCAUCAUUAUCCCAAGGUGGCACACUCCGUUCUACCUAUGAUGAACUGAUAAAAUGCAUCAGAGACUUCAACGUUGCGCUAGAGAAGCUGCAUUGGCUUCCUACCUCAAAUGACCUUCAUGUUGACAUCAGGAUCCGUUUGACCCGAAUCUUCACGGAGGCGUAUGCUCUUCUCAUUCUCAUGCAAUGUACUUACUCCCACCUUCACAGCAUAGAGGUGGGCUGUGCCUCUCUGGAUGACCCCGAUCUCUAUCCUGAUACCCUCGCGUCUUUUGGGUAUGUCCAAGAUGCGAUCACUAGAAUCUCUGAACAACGAUCCACAACAGUCAGGAAGCGACUCGAAAUGAUCCAACAUGUUAAGGUCGAAACAUUCAUUGGAUUCGGACUUGGUAAUACAUAUUAUGUGGACAGAUACAGGCCACUUGACGGGUCUAUCACACAAUCGACUCUCGUGCACACGGGCGGCUCGAGCGACGACCACGAAUCGCAUCCCGAAGCCGGGUGGAAGAUACAGAGAGCAACCAACAACAACGACCCUAAUGAGAUUCGCCAACCCAGAUACUCAAUGUGGGGGCUGCAGAUACGCAAAUCGCAGACGUGCUACGCAAUCGACGUGAGAGGAGGUGAUAAUGCCCUGAAAUCGAUCGCGAUGUUCGAUGAACUCAGAGUCAACCUACUCAAACGACUUAAAUUACAGGGAGACAGUCCGGAUUAUAAGGUCUUCAUACCAAAACGAACUGUACUAUCAUCCCAAGCAAGCCACGAGAUAUACAGCAACUCUAGAGAAAACGAGAGACUACGCGCCAUUUGCGAGACCACGUUGACGCGCAUCGAGUGGGUGAAGGUCGAUGCCAAACUGGGGAAUUCGAAAGCCCAGGAAUAUGAGCGAGGCCGAAGAGUGCGAUACGAAACCUGUGCAACUUGGCAAGACAACGACUAUUACGAUUCACUCGCUAUGGACUCUGUUUCCGGAACUGUGAUUCGAAACUUAACCCUGAGAGUCGGCAAUGAGACAAUAGGUUUCCAGGAUUUCGACAGUCAUGUUGUAGAACAUGAGACUAAAGCAGAUAAAGAAAACGUUUACCAGCGUGUGUUCUCUUUUAAGACGCGUGUAUGGUUCCAUCUCCACGCUUGGGGCGAGGAUUGGGUUCCCGGAACACCGAAAUAUAAACCGAGGGUUAGGGAGAUAUCUUGGAAGAUAUAUAGCAAGGAGGUGCGGUGUUGGAAUGAGGUAUUGUCCGGAGCCACCGAGGUUCAGGUCACAGAAGUAGGGAGGUCAGUUCGGCUUGAGGACAUUACUAGACGCAAGCUUGAAACAUGUCCUGCUAUAUGCAAGGAAAUAUUGUGUGAUGAAUACGGGUUGAUCACCGAAACGGUUUAUGGUCUUCGUUGAGGCGAGUCGUUUAGGGGCAUACCAAGUACUAGCAUUGGUCUGUAAUGCUAGUAUCCGAUAGUUGAAAAUGAACUAAGAGGUUCAUAGGUAUAUCGCAGUCUGCAAAUAGUAUGGAUGA